AACAAGUUAACCACGUGGGGUUUGAUACAAGGAGCCGCCGUGCAGGACCAAGAUUUGAUACAGAUGAAAACAAUAUCUAGGUCCAGCUGGUGUCAUGAGGGCUCGCGGACAUCGUGCUGGACGAGCUGCGAGGAAGAGGAGGCAGAAACAAGAAGGUGUCGUCCAGUCGGUCUCUCUGUGUCACCAGCCGCAGUAUGUGAAGCUGAUGAAGUUUCUUCACCAACGAGGAUUCACCUCAACACCGCUGCAGCCGGCCAACUUCAUUGACACCGGCAGAGGACUGCAAGCGCUGAAGACCAUAAAGCCUGGACAGCUGAUCAUCUCUCUGCCAGAGUCCUGUCUCCUCACAACAUCCACGGUUCUGCACAGCUACCUGGGCCCGUAUAUCAAGAGCUGGAAGCCCCGCCUCUCUCCCCUGUUGGCGCUCUGUGUCUUCCUGGUGUGUGAGCGGCACCGAGGCGAGGCCUCUGAUUGGUUCCCUUACAUCGACGUGCUGCCCACCUCUUACACCUGCCCCGCCUACUUCACAGAUGGUGUCAUGGCCGUUCUGCCAACCGGUGUGCAGCGACGGGCUGCAGAGCAGAGGGAGGCGGUGCGACAAAUCCACUCCUUGAAUCAAAACUUUUUCAGAUCUCUGCAGCCAAUCCUGAGUCAGCCUGUGGACGAGGUGUUGACAUAUGAAGCAUUGAGGUGGGCGUGGUGCAGCGUCAACACGCGCUCUGUCUUCAUGUCCCACCCAUCCAACGACUUCCUGUUCGGACAGAAUGAUUAUGCUUUAGCCCCCUUUCUGGACCUGCUCAACCAUCGCCCUGACGUGCAGGUAAAAGCAAGUUUCAACGACGCGACGAGAUGUUAUGAAAUCAGGAGCGUGUCAGGGACGCUCCGCCACCAGCAGGCCUUCAUCAACUACUGUUGCCAUGACAGCCAGCGCCUGAUGCAAGAGUACGGAUUUGUGGCCCCAAACAAUCCCAACAGCGUGGUCUACGUGGACACCGAUCUCCUUUGUGAUGUUGUAAGAGGCGACAGCAGUUUGCAUCAGAAGAUCAAGUUCCUCAGAGAGAACGACUUCCUUCAUAAUCUCACUUUGUCCAGUGAAGGUCCCGGCUGGAGGCUGAUGACAGCUGUCAGACUGUUGUCGCUGCCACAAGCACUGUAUCUCCAGUGGAAGGCUGUGUUGCUCGGGCAGGUGGUGUGUGACGCGAGGGAGGAGUGGAGCGUCCAGACAGUUAAGACUCUCUGUCAGCGACUACGACAAGACACACACACAGCUCUGGAUAAGAUCUCCCACCUCCUCCGGCUGUGUGACCUGUCCGUCAGGGAGCAGCUACAUGUGGUCAAGUCACUGCGGCAGGAGGAGAGGUGCAUCCUGGGAAGCUGCCUCGAGGCGCUGGAAGGCACGUCGAGACAACCAGACGAACUGUUGUCAUGCCAACCUGAUGUUGACGCUGUGAGCUGACAUCUGAUUGGUGCUCUGGCCUGCCAGUAGUAAUGUUAUUGAAGUGGUGAUGCUGGACAGUCUCCAUGUUCCUGCCCGUCCAGCAGUAAGGACUGCCUGGCGUCCUGUAACCAGAGCGUCACAGGUCGGACUCCCCGUCUGCUGAAAGAGCAUUCUUCACUUUUAAUUGACCAGGACAGAGGGGGUCAUCAUUAUAAGAAGACGUGCAGGACCUUUCUCAAGAACAAGAUGUAGAUUAGACACGAUUUUAUUAAUUCUUUUAAAAGGUAAAGUGCACUUCCUGAUCUUUUCUAUUCAGUUUUAUGAAAGCCACUUAAAUUGCACUUCCUGUUUUUAUUGUAUUUUUGAUGACAAAACAUAAAACGUUGCUGUUUUUACUUCGAAAGCAGAACUCAGAUGUUUGGAUAAAGUGUAUUUAUUGAGGAACACUGAGCAGACAGGCUCCAGUGCGGGCUGAAGGCUCGCAUCAUAAGAGCCACAUGAAAUCAAACGUUCAGAAGUAAAAAAGGUGUUUCGUGUUUGGAGGAAACUCAGCGGCUCGUUGGUUCCAACUGAAGGAAAAGGAUUCUUCCUGCAGCUUGAAGUGGAGCAGGUCAAGUGAAGCGGAGACUCUCACCACAGGACUGUGACUUUCUCUCAGUGUUGGUCCAGACAGGCAAAAGGUUCACCGUGUCUUCCUGUGUUGAGCGUGAUGCACGCUGCGGGACGAUUCAGGCGCCUGAAAUCAAUUCACCAGUAAAAACACUUUGUAAUUGUUAACGUGUGACAUGAAACACUUGAUCUGCAGAAAGAGUUUCCUGUGAGUCGUGCCGUCGUACAUUUCGGACGCACGUGGUCAGAGUUGAACAACAGCCUUCUUCUGGUGACGCUGGACAGUCUCCAUGGCAACAGUGGCUUCAUAGAGCGGCACCGCCUCCUCGGGCUGCGGUCUGGAGAGGCGGAUUACAUUUGAUUUAAGUUACAUCUAUAAACUCAAUUAUGAACUGUGUUUGAGGCAUUAAAAUUAAUCUUUAAAUUAUACCUGGCAGAGGGUAGAGCAGGGGUGUCAAACAUGCGGCCCGGGGGCCAAAACCGGCCCGCCAGAGGGUCCAGUCCGGCCCGCGGGAUGACU